AAAUUGCAGUAAAAGUCAGGAUCGAAGUUAGAGAUCGUUUCAAUUGAAGCUAUAAAUUGCAUACAUUUGGGACCAUUCAGACCAUUAAGACAUUCAAUACAUUCAAUACAUUGACUGAUUCAACAAAAAAGUCAUUUAUUUCAACCAAUACUUCAAUCGACACAAAACUAUAACAAAUAUUCAUUAUUAUCGUCAAUAAUGACUUCCCAAGACUUUUGUGGCUUUUUUGAAGGCACAGAAAAGCUCCUCGAGAUCUGGUUUGACAAAUAUGAGGACAACCAUAACGACUGCGACCUCAGAAAUAUUCAAAGGUCUGCGUGGGACUCGUUGUUAAGUUUUGUCAAUUGCAAAAUUAUAUCAUUUAAAAGCAAUGAACAAUUGGAUGCUUAUGUGUUGAGUGAGAGUUCACUGUUUGUGUCAAAGAAUCGCAUAAUAAUCAAGACGUGCGGAUCCACAACUCUCUUGAGAUGCAUUGAACCGAUGCUAUAUUUGGUCAAACAAGUGGCUGGUUUUGAUGAAGUAGUGGAUAUUUUCUAUUCGCGUAAGAAUUUCAUGCGUCCGGAACUUCAGGACGACUCGCACCGGACUUUUGAGAAUGAAGUCGAGGCUUUGGAUAAUCUUUUUGAAGACGGCGCCGCCUUCUGUAUGGGUCGUAUAAAUAGCGACUGUUGGAACUUAUAUACACUGAAUACACCAAUAAUUAAGUCAAAAUCUUUUAUCCAAUCGCCGGAUCAAACAUUUGAGAUAAUAAUGCAAAACUUGGAUCAAAAGGUUAUGCAAAUCUUUAGCCGUGAUGUGUGUUCAUCAGCUAAAGAGGCGACACAAAAGUCGGGCAUCGAUAAGAUAUUGCCCGGAAUGAUCAUCGAUGACUUCUUGUUUGAUCCGUGCGGAUAUUCAAUGAAUGGACUUAUUAAAGGGGGAUAUUAUGUAACAAUUCAUAUAACACCUGAACCCCACUGUUCUUACGUGAGCUUUGAGACUAAUGUUCCGCAUAAUUCAUACCCGGAUUUGGUGAACCGUUUGCUUAAAGUGUUUGUUCCGGGAAAGUUUCUCAUGACUAUCUGUGCUAAUGAGUUAUCUUCGGCAUACAAUUCUCAUAAAGAAUUUCAAGACAUUGAGUUUCAGAACUUUUAUCGCAAAGAACUACAGGUGUGUCGCUUCAAGAACUAUGAAAUCACUUAUGGAUUGUUUGCUAAGCCUAAUAGCUGAGGCCUACUGAAUGGCCUGUACUUGACUGGACACGCCAUUAAAGAAAACUUAUAUUUUAAUUAUAAUUACAUACAUUUUAUCUUAAUAUUAAUUAUAGACAAAACUUAUAACUGCUUUUUAAUCUAUUCUCAACUUUCCUUAUAUUCUAAACAAAUCUUUUGGGGUCGAGUUUCUUGAACUCAGAUCAUUGCAUAACAAUUGGGACUUUUAUUUUAUUUUUACGACAUUUGUCUGAUGGGAUCAAUAGUCUAAUAGUGAAUAAAUGAUUGAAGAAUAAGUUUAUGACAUGAUUUCAUGGACUUCCUAAUGAAAUGUUAUCAUUUGGUUUAUGAUAUGACAAAUGUGUUCAACGAUAACAGUGCUAAUAGUUGACACUGUUUUCAUGCAAUGAUCAGUUCAAUUGGGUUUUAAGGAAACAAUAUUUUUAUAUAUAUAUACUUUAAAUA